UCGGCGGGCGAUCAACGUUCCAUUUUCAAUCACAAGCAAAAGGUAGCGACUAGCAAGCGAACAUAUUUGCAUUUUCACGAAAUUUCUGAUUUACCUUUUAUUGACUAAAAAAUGAGCAUGGGAUUAAAGAAGCAAUCCAUAUAUAUACUUUUCCCUGAAAGUUCUUUACUUUUGCCUGUAAACUUGAAAAGCAUUCAAAGAUCUCAAUUGGAUUCUAAGGGUCUCAACUCGCUGCGGCGCUGCUCUUAGAACCAAAUAGAUUAGAAAUGCCUAAACCUUCGUCAUCGAGCUCCAAUUUUGCAAUGAAAAAGUACAUUGCAGUGUUACAGACAAGAGAAUAACGUUGAUGCAGAUUGUUCCUGUUGCCACUUAAAAGAGAAACAAGAAGAAACUGAUGCAGAAGAUCAAAUUAGUCGGUUGCCCAACGAUGUACUUGUGUUAAUUCUGUCUCAUUUGCCUAUGAAAGAUGCAGCAAAAACUAACAUCCUCUCCAGAAGAUGGAGAUACUUGUGGACAUUCUUUACUGGUACUUUAGAUUUUGAUGCAUCACUUACUUUAGAAGAAUUAAGAUUUCCCCUUGGUUCAGGUAAUCUAAAUUCCCUCCGAGAAGAAAGGCUACGUUUUGUUAGAUGGGUUGAUCAAGUUCUGGGAUUACAUCAGGCUCUAACAGUGGAUGGAUUAAGAAUUAUAUUUGAUGUUGGCUAUGAAUGUGAUGUAGACAAUUGGGUCAAAUUUGCUCUGGAUAAGAAGGUUCAAAAACUUGAGUUGGAUUUUACUGAUUUAAGAAUGGCUGAUUACUCUGAGCUCUACGCUUUUCCUUCCCACUUGUUUGAAAAUUCAAACCCAAGUUCCCUAACAGCACUGCAUUUGAAGCGUGUAAAUGUGACUGGAGGUACUCUUGAGUGUCUGCUAUCUCAUUGUCCAUUUCUUGAAGUGUUAAGCGUGAAGAAUUCAUCAUCUCUAUUAAGUUUGAACAUUUGGGGUCCAACACUAAAGCUGAAGUAUUUAGAGAUAUGGGGCUGCAGAAAUUUUGAAAAACUGGAGAUUUCUGCAGUAAAUUUAUUAUCAUUUUCAUAUCGUGGGCCUGAAGUUGUUCAUUUUAAGCAUGUUCCUCAGCUUCUUGAACUCAGUGUUGCAGGGAGUUUCUUUAAAGUCGUUGUUGAUAAACUUUUCAAGCACUUGAGUUUUCUGUCUCAAUUAAAGACACUUAACUUGCAUUUCACUGGUCCUCUUAAGCUUAUUAUGACAGGCCCACAGCAAUUUCCCGAAUUAAAUAAUCUCAAAUAUUUGGAAUUGAAAGUUUCACUUCUAGAGUUUGGGGACCUCUUUUUACUCGCUCCUCUACUAAGAGCAUCUCCUUCACUGCAUAAACUUACCUUGUUGAUAUGUUAUGCAGAGAUGUCAUCUGGAGACUUACAGACUUUAAUAGAUGAGCAUACAUAUCAUUGCCUCAAGGUGGUAGAGUUUAUUGGGUUUGUUGGAAGCACAGCUGAAGUUGAAUUUCUCCUGCAUUUAUCCAAGAAUUCAGUGUCCCUUGAGAAGAUGAUCAUCGAUCCUUGUCGACCAUAUCCUUUAGGCGAACUAUUCAAGUCUAGAUCUCAAAUAUUGAAGUCAAAGUUCAGGGAAACAAAGGAGUAUCUAUUGGCUAAAGAGCGUGCCAUUGAACUCCAGCAAAAACUACCUUCUGAUCUUGAAAUUGUGGUGCUGUAGUUAUCUUCUGCGCACAUUCUGAAAUCAUAGUCACAAGCGUUUGAUAACUCCCCUCUUUUUAGAUGUGAAGUCAUGCAUGAUCUAGCUGGACUGAAAUUCUUUGUAUGAAUUUAUAUAUAUAUUUUUUAUUUUACAAUGUUAAUACAUCGUAAAUCGAUUUUAGGUAUAAUUUUUUCAUUUUUAACUGAGAAUUUUUUU